AAUUUUCCUCCAUACUCUAAUUUUCUCUCACUAAUACCCUUAAACCCUAAAAAAUAAUAGAUAAUCGCCGUCACUUUCCUCAUCCUCAUCUCUCCCACAUCAAAAUCGCUUCGGACCCCAUCUCCACCAUCUCUCUUCCUUCGCACCGGAAAAUAACCUAACUCCGCCACCACUCCGCCACCCAUCCUCAAAAGACUUGUAAUCGCCACCACUCCACCACCCAUCCUCAAAGAACCUGUAAUCGCCGCUGCCCCCACAUCCGCCACUAACCAGGGGCUAACCGUCGACGACCACCCUUACAUACGCUGCAAUCGUUGCUGCCCCCACAUCCGCCACUAGCCAGGGGCUAAUUGUCGAUGACCACCCUCACAGAUGCUGCAGUCGCUGCUGCCCCCACAUCCGUCGACUAUAUCUCAUCUCUCCUCUCUUCAAACCAUAAGUAAGAAGAAGAUGAGCCACUUAGAAAAACAAGUCACUGCCAUCAUAGGAAGCUGCUGGAAGGCAAAUGGACCUUCUUUUGACAAACUUCCAGCAAACAGAUGGAAGAUUAAGAACCAAAUUGUCAAAGACCUGAUCUUUGGUGGUGAUGAAAAGAAACAUUCAUUUCAGGUUGGUCUUGUGGACACUCUGCAUAUCAUCAUAGUGAAGCAAGUCUUGUGGGCACCAUCAUUGGCAUGGCCCAAAACUUUGUGGACACCCAUCACAGAGCACAAUUCGGCAGUUAAGGUUUGAGAUGAUUGAAUCAUUCAUUUGGAAUCGGGAAGACUGCAUCAUUGCAUUGCAUUCGGUGACACACAAAUUCAGGUUUUCUUUACUUCUUUCUAUCUGUUAUAACUUCAAGUAUGUCUAUAAUAUUUUAUUUCUUACUUCUAUUUGAAGUGAUAAACUUCAUCUGUGUCAUGUAAUACACUUAUAUAAUAUGUAGAUCUGGU